AUGGCCGCGUUCGUCUGCGCCGAGUACGCGUUCCUCGCGAUAGACGAGGGCCCGUCGGUCACGCUGUUCGAUCCUCGGAUCGCGUGGCACAAGGGCGGGGCGGUGUUCACGGAGACUGCGCUGGGCGCCAACUGCCGCAAGGUGCCAGUUCAGUCCAUGAACAGCAACAUCGGCAAGUGGCAAUUCGUGAAGACG